AAGUGGAAUUAAUGCUCUGUUUUUGGUCAAUCAUAUGUGUGCGAGGAAAGUGUCAUAAGUUUGUUAAUGCAAAUCACCGUAUAUAUUUAGCGUAGUGUAAAUGUGUCGAGUGUUUGGUUGCAACAUUUGUAUGAUUAUUAUUACUCUUUGUUUGUACGUUUCGAGAUAUAUUGAAAAAUUGAUCAAAUAUUCAUAACGUGUUAUUUUUUUUCUUCGUGAUAAAAGCAAACUUUAAAAUGGGGGUAAUAUUUUUGGAACACAUCGGUGGCACGCGUCUUUUUUCUUGCGCUUCGUGCGACACUAAUUUAACAAACCGAGGACAGCUGAUCAGUACUCGUUUCACUGGUGCAACUGGUCGAGCUUUUCUCUUUAACAAAGUUGUUAACCUCAAUUACAGGUUGUGCAGCGAGGUACAAGAUAGAGUGAUGUUAACUGGACGUCACAUGGUACGAGAUGUAAGCUGUAAAAACUGUGAUGCUAAACUUGGGUGGGUUUAUGAGUUUGCGACAGAUGAUAAUCAACGAUACAAGGAAGGCCGUGUUAUAUUGGAGCGUGCUCUAGUUACAGAGAGUGAUGGAAUGGGAGAAAAUUAAUAAACUUAAAAUAGUUUUAUAUAUAAUAUAUAUAUAUAUAUAAAUUUAAUCAUUUUUUAUAGUGCACAAUAGAGUUUAAGAAUCUAUAUUAUAGUUUGUUUUUUUAUAAUCAGUGUAAGGUAUAAAUUAUUUAGUAUAAAUCGAUCCAUUGCUGCAUAAAUGAUAAACAAACACCAAUAUUUCUCUAACUUGUGUCAAUUAUCGGUAUAAGUAUUAUUAAGCGCGUUUAUUUCAUUUUUCUUUAAUAAGUAAAUUAUUAUGCCAGGGGAAACAUCAACUUUCUCAUGAAAUCGAAAUACUAAUCUUGCCAAAUAUAAAUGUCAAUUGAAAGGUCUUUGAAGAAAAAAAGGAAAAAAAAAUUUUUUUAUUUAUAAAAAUAAUAUCGUAAUUAAAUAUAACAGUGCAAUGAAAUUUAUUAAAGACUCUUUCAAAUGUUCUUCAUGAUUUCAUGAUAAGCGUUGGAUUUCAAUUUUAUUGUUAGUAAUAUGCUUGUAUAUUUAUAUUGUGUAAAUAAAUAUUAACUAACUUUCUUUAGUAACAGAUUGUUCGAUCGAGACAAACUGAAAAUGACAUGAAGAUUAAUUAAAAGUGCUAAGAUGAAAAUUGUGUUAUUAUUAUAAGACGUAUGCAAUAAUAUGACAUAAUGAUACUGAAUAAAAAAAAAAACAAAACAGAAAAAUACUACCAAUAACAAAAUUUUUAACAAAAUAUAUUAAAAUAGUUGAAAUGUUAAAUAAAUUUUAUUAUGUUAAAUUUAAUUGUAAUUAAGAAAAAUACGGCGUCAGUAUGUACAAUAGGAAGUGCGUGUAUAAUAUUAACUGGCCAAAAUAAUAAAUAAUAUGAUUGGGAUUGAUCGUAAGAAAUAAAAGAAUUUUU